ACAUCACAAAAGCACUGACUAAAUUCAUCAGUACCAAAUAAAAUGAAUGUACCUGCUUCCCGACAUAUCUCCUAAAAUACCUGGUACAAAAGAUAAUUUGACACCACGACACAAUCUAAUUCACAAAAUAAUACGUAAUCCAAUACAGAAUAGCAAAAAGUGAGCAACCCAACAUUGCAUCGCGAAAAGCUGCAGAGCCUUUGUUACGUGCGAGAGAGAGACCACUAUAGCUGCCCAAACCGCUCCGCAGCUCCGUCUUUAAAUUACACGUUCUCAUAGCCUUGUACCGGUUUGGGCGCUUCGAGGAACGACUGAUAGAGCGUUACGCGCUGUUGCAUUUUCAACCCUAUAUUUUAGUCAACAUGGUUGAUUUAGAUGUGUAAUAGAAUGGUGGUAAGGACAUUUUUAUGUUCAGUGGAAAUACAGUAAUGGGGGGUGCACGACAUGGACACCGAAGUCGGGGUUUAGAAUUUCAGUACAGCUUCGGAUAGCUGCGAAGCGCUGCUUUGUUAGCUCUGCAAUUGUUUGCUGAGCCUAUUUUUUUUAAUAUCCUACGCGUUCCUUCGCCCCUUUUAUCAUACAAAAAUAAACCGGAUUCUUCAACAAAACGAAUAAACUUGCUCGUACAAAAUAGAACAGUAUUAAAUUACAAAAUAUAAUUUUUAACAACUUUUGAAGUGGAAGGUGAAACUUUGUGUUUUCUAGUGUCGCUCAAAUUUUAUGUGAAAUUAUAGAAGAUAGAUUUAAUGUAAUUUAGGUCUAAGCUAUGGAUUGUGAUACAAAUUUGUAUAAGAUACCAAUAAGACUCGACCCAGGCUCAUGGUGUCAAUUAAAAGUAAAAUAAGCGCAAUGGCCGCUCAAAAUGCAAAUACCCGCUCAAAAAACUGUCAAAGUGACGUUAGCCGAGUGAAGUGAGUGUCCGAGAUGUACGUUGGCUACACAGCAUGGUGACACUGAUGCCGUGUAGCUACCUCGGCGGCGGGUCCCCGCGCUGCAGCUUGGAGCAUACGGAGCCUAAGGCAAAGCGGCCUAGAUCCGACAACAACACCGAUGUAUCUGAUAGACUAUCGGGCGAAGUCAACCAAAGCCCUUGCGGGUCAGAGUCAACGUCAAAUUCGCCACCAUCUUUGCUCCAAGACGCGUCACUGCCGGCGCUCCUAGUGUCCGGGGCGUCCACCAUAUUCCAGACCACGACGACGGCCGCCAACUCCGCGCUGAACGCGGCUGUAGAUAGCUUAUGCUUGCCUGGUAGCUCGGAGGUGGACUGUAGUUUGGCGAACGGAUGUGCGACGUCGCUUGGGUUAGCGUUGCCGCUAACGUCAACCGGUGGCCUCUGUACGUCUACCUCCUCGCCAUCGGCGGUGGCCUGGUUGAUGAAUGAGGAUAGCACGGGCGGUGGCGUCAAGAGCGAGGUGCGCAGCCCCGGGCUGUGCGAGGCGGACGUGGCGCUGUACGGCGAGGCUCUGCCGUACGACCAGUCCACGCUGCCCUACCAGUAUUACAACAGUAUGCAGCAGUAUGGAGGCGGCGGCGCGGCCUCCUCCUACGUUGGCUCCACUCUGUACAACCAGCCCUACACCGCGUACCCUCCUGCGCACAACUCUAAUAACAGGUCGUCGUGCAAAGCGACGCCGACGUAUCUGAGCUACGGCGUUGGGGGCGUUGGAUCCGUGCCGGGCUCGGGGUUCGGCGCGCAGCCCUCACCCUACUACCCCUCGUACAACGGAAGCUUGACACAGACUUUCCCUCAGCAAGACUACAGCAGUUACGCGAGCAGCUAUGCCGAGCACAACGUCGCUCAAUACAGUGGGUACUACGCGACGCCCAGCUACUCCCCCUACCACGCCGUCAGCUCGCCCAGCAGCAGCGGCAGCGCGGGACACACGUCGUACCAUCUCGGCGGCGCGUUAUCAGAAUCGCCAUCAUCAAUGCUCCCUUCAUUAAAUGACAACAAUCCCUUAUCUCCAAUAAAAAAUGAAAUACAUGCAGCGAGCCGGAGGUGCAGAGAGAACUCAGGUGAAAGCACAAGCAGAACUCGAGGUCGGGGGCGGCGGAACACGUCCUCGUCGCCGGCGCAGCACGUGCCCGAGCCCGCCACGGACCGGGUGUUCAUCUGGGACUUGGACGAGACCAUCAUCAUAUUCCACUCACUUCUCACGGGGACCUACGCUACUAAGUAUAAUAAGGACACACAACAGAUAGUACAGCUGGGAUUCAGGAUGGAAGAGAUGAUAUUCAGCCUGGCUGAUACGCAUUUCUUCUUCAACGAUGUUGAGGACUGCGACCAGGAGCACAUAGACGCGGUGGCGGCAGACGAUAACGGCCAAGACCUGUCAGCGUACAACUUCUCAUCGGACGGGUUCCACGCGGGCGGCGGCGCGGGCGCGGCGCCGGCUCUCUGCGCGCCUGGUGUGCGCGGCGGCGUCGACUGGAUGAGGAAACUCGCCUUCCGGUACCGGAAGAUCAAGGACACUUAUAAUAACUAUAGAAAUAGCGUUGGAGGCUUGCUAGGACCAGCGAAACGGGAACUGUGGUUGCAACUACGGGCCGAAUUGGAACAGGCGACGGAUAACUGGCUCACGUUGGCCUGCAAAUGCCUCAACAUGAUCAACUCUAGGGAGAACUGCGUGAACGUGCUGGUGACGACGACACAGCUGGUGCCGGCGCUGGCCAAGGUGCUGUUGUUCGGGCUUGGCGGAGUCUUUCCUAUCGAGAACAUCUACUCCGCCACCAAGACUGGCAAAGAAACUUGCUUCGAGAAAAUAAAGCAACGUUUCGGCGAGCGCUGCACCUAUGUGGUGGUCGGCGAUGGCCAGGACGAGGAGGCGGCCGCCAAGGCCAAGAACUACCCCUUCUGGCGCGUCUCCUCACACUCGGACAUCGCGGCGCUCUACAACGCGCUCGACAUGGGCUUCUUAUGAUUUAUGCGCGCCUGGUACAUGAUACGCUUAGAUGUAAGGAAAAUGUGUCACCAAUUUGGCAGGAA